AUGGCUUGUUUUUACUUUAUGCACAAUAUAUACUUUAUCUCACAUAACAUCUUUGUUUUAAACCUGAUAGCAGAUAUUGAAAAAUGUGAGAGUUGUGGCCAGUUUGGACACAAGAGCAAAGGCAGCUAUAAAUGCUCGCUCUACGUAAACAAGAAAAGAAAAGUUGGCUCAAAAGAUGAUGUCGGAACAAAGGUAGAGAAAAGAAAGGGAAAAAAACAGCGUCUUGAAGAGGUCAGUAGCAGUAAAAGUAAUGAUCAACUUCAAAUAUGCAAAUCAUGCGGCCAAAUGGGCCAUAAAAGUGCAAGGCCCAAAGAAUGUAGUAACUACAAGGAAGCACUAGAUAAAGCGCUGAAAAUGAACUUGGGAACAAUUAUGAGCGCUUUACAUGCAAGGCCAGAGUACAAGGAAUCAUUUACGGAGAAAAUCAUCAUAUUAAGUGCAUUCAUUAGAAACGUCUUUUUUCGGGCACAACUGUUUGUCAAUGUAUAUAUUGUUAAUAACAAGGAUUCCAUUGAUUUGGCUGUUAUAACGCAACAAAGCUUUUGGUAUGCUAUAUCGCAACUCAUCAUGGGCCAAAAGGUUACAAACAAGUCUUAUAUUUCCAGCAAUGUUGCACUUGGUUUCGAGGAUAUUAAAGCAGAGCACCCGUCGAAAACUUUCAAAGAAAAGUCUUAUAUUACUCGACUGUCAGACUUGCUAUCAAUUAUCCAAUGCGACAUCGAUGUUCAUUGCGCUUCCAUACCGCCUAUUGUCAAGAGCCUUGCCGCUUCUCCAGAAAAAUUUGUGCCUACUUUGGCUGUUAUGAAACCUGAACUUGAAAAGCUUUGUAUCGAGCACAAAGACGAUAAAGCAAAAAUACCUGGACGCUUUUCUUUAAUGCCCACACUGCCUAUGCAUUGGCGAUAUAUUUCUAUAAAUGCAAAGGCGUUACAAGCAAUUGCAAAACACAAGAGCGAUGGCACUUACGAAGGCAACGCAAACUUGUUUUAUUCGAUUUUUAACUUCAAAAGGUUUGACUACGAAAGCAUGGACGAAGUCCUUGCAAGUGAAAAUAAAUUUACCUGCUGUAUUCAAACAGAUGGCUUUGGUGAAUGCCUUGCUUUUGUAAGAAAGACAAAAGAAGAAAAAGCGACAGCACAACUGGGUUUGGAAGGCUUUUCUGACCAAGAAGUAAAAGAGUGUUUUUAG